AUGUCUAUCGAAGAGGACAACUAUGAUUAUCUAUUCAAAGUUGUUCUUAUUGGCGAUUCCGGAGUUGGCAAAUCAAACCUGCUUUCACGGUUCGCUAGAAAUUCAUUCAACUUGGAGUCAAAAACCACUAUCGGAGUUGAGUUCGCAACAAGAACAGUUGAGGUUUGUUGUGAUAACGUUUGCACCACAGUUACAAUCAUUCUUUUUGUUUACGUGAUUGAUGAGUAG